AUGAUUAGUUUUCCAAAGUACUAUGUAGUCAUAGGUGCCAGUCCAGGUGUCGGGUAUGAAUUCACACGGCAGUUACUCUUGGCACAUCCCCAGAAUAUCGUCUUCGCAACUUAUAGAUCUUUUGAAACGCCACAGACCUUGUAUGAUCUCGCCAAGGCACUUAAAGAUCCGUCUAGAUUACGGAUAUUGAAGUGCGAUUUUAUGAAUGAGCAGACUAUCAAGGAUCUCUGUAAUAUACCUCAGUUGAUGGGUCAGACUAUCGAAACAGUAAUCAUUAAUGAUGGAGGCAUGGGUUGGGGUACAGUGAUUGAAGGAACCUCUCAGUCUUACUAUCACCACUUCCAAAACAAUACCUUUGGGCCUCUUCUUACCGCGAAAUAUCUUCUUCUCAUACCUAGUGUUCAAAUCUCCAACAUUGCAUUCAUUUCCAAUAGUUGUGGGUCCUCUAGCAUUCAAUCAUGCAUAUGGGGCCUAGCCGCAUAUUCUGCUUCUAAAGCUGCGCUAAAUAUGGGUUUGCGUCAUCUAGCCGUGGAAAUACACAAAGAACUGGGCUCCGAAGCUCCAGUUAUAUUGGCUCUUCAUACAGCUGAAAUAGGCGCUGAUUUGGGACCCAAUCCCGCGGAGUUGACAGAGGCGCAAAUAAGUGUGAGAGGAUGUCUAAAGAUCAUAAGGGAAAAGGGAAAAUAUGGAAGUGAUGAGGGUGGGAAAGCGUCUGCUUGGGCGAUGGGAGUGAUAGAAGAUCCGGAAGCAGCGACGUUAUGGACUUGGAAUGGGCUGAGAUAUCCAUGGUGA